UGGGGCCCGGCUGCAGCCCAGACGCCCGGCCGGCAAGGUUGAUGAUCCCCUGGUCAGCAGCAUCCCGGGGAGAAGAUGGCUCAGCCUGCACCCCUGAACCAGAACCUCCCAGAUCUCGGGGGCCCGUUCUUGUACCGAGACCAGGACGAUGGGGAGAAGAGCUCUUAUUCAGUGGAAACCCCCUACGGCUUCCUUCUGGACCUGGAUUUCCUGAAAUACGUCGAUGACAUCGAAAGUGGCCAAACACUCAAGAAAGUGCCGCUGCCUCGCAGGGCAAAAGGGGCUCGGCAGCCGCCCAGCGCCCUGCGCAGCCCCAGCAGCCAUGCCAGCGCCUGGACCUCCACCGAGUCCCUUGCCUCCACGGCCAGCGAGGAGGGCAGGACUGCGCUGUUGCUGUCACCGCACGGCCGGGCACCCCUGGAGCCCCCGAGCAAGCCAACCUCCCACCCUGUCUCGCCGCCACCACCGGUGCGGCUGCUCCCACCUCCUACCCACAAGUGCCUCAUGCGAAACCCGCGGGUGGAGAAGACCUUGCUGGAGACGAGCAGGAGGCUGGAGCAGGAGCAGGGCCAUUGGCAGGAUAUCGGUGGUCCCCCCCGCGGUGGCCCCCCGGGUGCCCCGAGUCAGCCGCCCCUCUGGGUGCCAGCGGGCACAGAGGGCCAGGCGGGCUGGGGACGGGCGAGCCCCGGCAGCUCGGGGCGCAGCACACCAGCGGUGGGGCUCAGCGCUGCCCCACUGCAGCACGUGCGGGAGCAGAUGGCCGCAGCCCUGCGGCAGCUCCGGGACCUGGAGGAGCAGGUGAAAACCAUCCCCCUCCUGGAGACGCAGAUCUGCGAGCUGAAGAGGGAGAAGGCGAAGCUGAUGGAGAAGCUGUCGGCAGAGCCCAGCGGGGCUUUCGGCCACCCCCCUGGCUCCGAGGCGGUGGCAGGGGGCGAGCCACCCCGAGCGGGGCUGGAGAGCGAAGCAGAGCCGGCAAAGGGGCGAGCAAGCAAGAUCACAGAGCUGAGGAAGCUGACGGAGAAGCUGGCCGUGCCAGAGCGGGGUGGCAGGGCUUGGCCAGGCAGGAGCCCCAGGACCACCGAGAGGCUGUGCCGCUCCAUAGCAGUGGGCGAGGACCGGGCCAUGACUGACGCUGUCUUCUACUACCGGUCGCAGCAGGAAGGCAGCGAUGUGCCGGAUGACAGGGCAAGGGAGCGCAGGGAUGUGGCCGUCUGGGUGCUGGAGUCCUCGCUGGGGCUGGCCAGCGAGGCGGAGCAGGAGCUGGAGCUGCUGCAGCAGACGGUGGGGCACCAGAAAGAGGUGAUCGCCCUGAUGGAGGGGCACCUGCGGGAGGCCACGCGGGAACUGGAGGAGCUGCGGCUGGAGGUGUGUGCCCGCCGGCCCCGCGGGCGGGUGGACAAGGAGGUGAUGGCCAAGCCGCAGGUGGCCGAGGCGCUGGUGGAGGUGGCGGUGGCAACACAGAGCCGGGCAGCUGGCGACCCCCCGGAGACGGCAGAGGCAGGCGUGGAGUGCUGCCCGUCGACCACGUGCAUCGGGGUGGGCUGCCGCCCCGACAGGCGGGACAUGGCGGUUGGCCCCGAUUCAGCCGCUGGGUGCGAAGACAAGGGCAGCCAGACCGAUGUGGGCAGCGCUGUCCCAGCGGGCACGGAGACGGAGCCCAGCGCGGGCGAUGCCCUGCGUGGCCCCUCAGCACAGGACGCAGGAGGAAUGGGGGGCACGUGCCAGGGCAGCCCAGCCCCUGGGGCAGCCAUGCCAGAGACAACGCACAGCGGCCGGGACCCGUCCCCGGCAUGGGAUGGCGGAGCUGCCCCAAACCCUGCGACCGGACCCCUGAAGUCCAUCAUGAAGAAGCGGGACGGUCCCCCCCGGAGCGAGGCUGAGGGCAGCAAGAAAAGCCUGCAGUUUGUGGGCGUGCUGAACGGGGAGUACGAGAGUACAUCCAGUGAGGAGGAGGAGGAGGAGGAGGAAGGAGACAGCUCCUCUGAGAAGGCUUCAGCCGACAGCUCCGACAGCGAGGAGCAGGGCGACACCGAAACCUCGGACGAGGAGGCCGGGGAAGGCGAGCGUGAGCCAGAACGGGAGCACGAGGGAGCUGGCGUGACCCUGCCAGAGCCCCCUGAGGUGAAGGAGAAGUUCGAGCUGAGCCCCAGGAUGCGGGAGGCCUGCCUCAUCGUCAAGACCCACCUGGGCCACCCCGGUGCCACCAAGAGCAAAGAGGUGCUCGCCAGCAGCAGCCUGGUCCUGCAGGAGUGGUUCCGUCUGUCCAGCCAGAAGUCGUCCGUCCCCGACACGGUCGCCAACCACCUCCUGGCCUUUGCUGAGGUCUCGCCGGCUCUCCUGGCCCAUGUGGUGAACCUGGCAGACGGGAACGGCAACACAGCCCUGCACUAUAGCGUCUCCCACUCCAACUUCCACAUCGUGCGGUUGCUGCUGGACACAGAGGUUUGUAAUGUGGACCACCAGAACAAAGCUGGCUACACAGCUCUCAUGCUGGCAGCGCUGGCAGCCGUCGAGCAGGAAGAUGACAUGAACGUGGUCAGGAGACUCUUCAGCAUGGGCAAUGUCAACGCCAAGGCCAGCCAGGCUGGCCAGACGGCGCUGAUGCUGGCCGUCAGCCACGGCCGGCAGGAGAUGGUGGAAGCCCUGCUCGCCUGCGGAGCUGACGUGAACCUGCAGGACGAGGAGGGCUCGACUGCGCUGAUGUGCGCCUGCGAGCACGGCCGCGUGGAGACGGUGAAGUUGCUGCUGGCCCAGCCCACCUGCAACAUCUCCAUUGUGGACAGCGAUGGUAACAACGCCGUUGCCAUCGCGCUGGAGGCCGGCCACAGCAACAUCGCCAUGCUCCUCUAUGCCCAUCUCAACGGCACAAAGGCGCAGCUGCCUCAGGGGACAUCACUGACAGCCACGAAGAGCCCUGGGAGCCCAAAACAACCAAAUUAGAGUGACCUUGGAUCCAGCCAGGGGCCAGCCGUGUGCCAGCCAGCCACCUUCAGCACUGGGCUGUAAUUUAUGUCCCCUCUCCUGCCACUCCUUUGUGUGCCGAAUCACUCUCUGCAGCUCAGAUGCUUUAAUCCUCCUGUUGCUAGAGCAGGUGCUGUCGCCGCACCUCGCUCACCCGUCUCCACUGCUGGAAGCGGCCCACACAGAGCCACCUCGCUCCGCCAAGUGACAGAGGAGCCAAGCAUCAGGUGACCUUGGGGUGGGAAACGGCGAGCAGAAGCUGGCCCCAUCCUCUGUUCCCUGUCAGCCCUGCUCCCCACCACGACUGCUGGAGCUGCGCCGCCUGGGAGCCCUCUGCAAGUCACUGAACAGAAAACAAACCCAUCAGAAAUAGCACCUGGUUUCUGCUCUCUCAGCCAGCUCCCAGCAGUUUCAGAAGGGCAGCGGUGACGGGGAGCAGGGCUGCAGGAGGGCGAGCACCAGCUCCCAGACGCUGCUGUGCUGCACGGUGAUGGUGGGGAAACAGUGCUCAGCAGGCGAGUCCUGCGCAGUGUCAGGCAAGAGGACACAAACCAGUUGGUUAACGCUGCCUCGAAUGCGAGCUGGGAGCACUUCCAGACUGAAAUACUUGCCCUUCUUUUGUGGCAUUUCCUUUCCUGGCUGAAAUCUGAAUUUUUUUUUUAGCACAUGCACACAAAGCAAGAAAAUUAUAUUGCUUAUUCAAAGGAUGGAGUUCAACAUGAAAUCACUCAGUGAUUUGAUUUGCUCAAUGGGAACAAAACUUCUGGGCACUCGGGGCUGCAGCCAAGCUGACAGAAGUGGGCCAAGAGCCAUGAACGCAUUUAGGGACUGAGACUGCCCAGCGGAUACCCAACAUGGGCAGUGGGGACAUUCCCCCAAGGGAAAGAUCACAAUUACCUCCUAAACAUUUUUCAUUUUGAACAGUCUCACAGCCACUGACUGUGAAGGCAACCAGAGCCCACAACCAAAUCCCUCUCUGUCCACUUCCCUUCCCAAAAAGGGAGGACAGCAGCUGAGGAUAGCUCCAGGAAAAAAAGAUUGGAAAGAAGAGCUCAGAGAGAGCCUAGGACUUGCGGAGAUGGACGUGUAUGUCGGAGGACGUGUGUGCGUCUGUGCGAUUGUGUGCACUAGGCAGGGUGGGAAGAGACAAGGCAAGGACUAAGGACCAGGAGGAAGAAAAAGGCUUUUGAAUGUGAAGCCAGCUCCACUCUCCGAUUCCUGCACAAAGGUAACAUGUGUCGCAACCCCCAUUUCUGCUCCUUGGCCCAACCUCCCCCACCAUCACUCUUGCCCCACACAGGCCCAGUCUGAGCCAUACUGCAAGCUGGGAAAUGCUCCCCAAGAAACUUGUUCUUGGCAACACGCUGCUGUCCUCGCAGUGGGCCUGUUUCAGCUUUGCACUGAAGUUAACAUACGACGCUCAAAGCCACUCUCUAGUACACUGCUCUGUAUGUAUUCCGUACUCACUGCUUUGGUUUCACAGGUUUGUUUACUGAUAUUUUAAUACUGAUGUUUAUUUUUAAAGAGAUAAAUAAAAUUUAAAGUAAAAUUAUUUUGAAAUAUUACAGUGACCAUCAGCAGCCUCCUGCCUCCUUGUCUGGCUCAAGCUAAAACCCCCAGAACAGCUUCAGCCAAGGGACAGCCUGGCACAGCCCUCGCCCUGAGCGGGUGCCCACACGUUUCAAUUAAUUCUCUGUACGUUUAUGAACUGGUUACAUCCGUCAGUCUGGUCUUCUUCCAGCUGAACUGUCCCAGUCAGGAACCAGACUCGGGUACCAUGGUGUCUUCUGGCCUGUUUCACUUCACAGGACGAAGUGGGACGCUGGAACCAGACAUAGCCCCUCGCUACCCCUGGUUCACCCUGGUGCUCUGAUAUUAAGCUGCAUUAUUAAAGGGCAAUCAUCAGAUUGAGAGUGGGGAUGCAAAGUCACCUCCCUCCUCACGUGGCCAAGGGCCACGCUGACCCCACAGGGAUAUUCAGGAAUAGCUGCUGCUGCUCUGCCCCUGCUACAAGUUUACCUCUCUCUGGUCACCGACUCACAGCUGAUGCGUCCCGUCUCGGUCACUCAGCACAGCCGGGGCUGGCAGCCACCAGAGCAAACACUCUUCAGUCAUUGUAAAGCUGCGUGGGGAACAAACAGCAGCCAGAGAAGUAAACUCCAAGGCGGACUUCUUGCACUCCUAGCACGAGAGCUCUGCCGCAUCACACAAAUCAGGGGAGCGCAGACUCACCCGAUGCUCUGAAACAAACACCACUGAAGAAUCAAGAACUAAAUCAAGCAACAGCACAAGCACAUACUGAUGAGGGCUUUCUCUACAGCACAAAAUCCACCUCAGGCUGCUCAUGAGCUGACCAGGACAAAACUAACACCCACAGGAGGGGGAAAAAACCACACACACUCUUUCAACACCAGCCCUAACAGCAAUCCUCACUAUCUGCCUCAGUUCAGAAAUCUGAACAUCUAUUCCAGAAGUGUUCUCCUCAGCUUCAGGAUAUUCAAACCCUCAAUCCCACCUGCCCCUGAAGUGCCUUAAUCAAGUGCAGGACAUUGGAGGAUGAAGAACACUCCCAUCAGAGACCACGGGAUCAGGAGCCGCAGACCCAGCUUGGUUCAAACACACCACAAACCAGUAUCACUCUAUUACCAGGUGGAAAAUACCAGUACUUAAAAACCAGCCCUUGAACCAUGGCAGUUUUCAGGCUCAUUUCUAAUCCUUUCAGCCUUAUUUUUACUUUAUAUAAUAACUUAAAACAAUAAAUCUUUCUUGCUGA